UCAGCUAGAAGCAUGGACAUCAGACAGCAAAGCCUUGAGGGUUCCAAAAAUGAGGUUAUGCCAGCAGGAAAUGAGAUGAAUGGUGUUUCGCCCCGCAGCUUCUUAGCCAUGAAUGAGUAUGAACAUAUAAUGGCAUUUCUAAGUGAUGACAAUGAUAAUUCUCAACAAGAACAUGUAAGGAAAAAAUCAAAGACAUUGCCAACAACAUCAGAAGAGGAAGACUCUUUGGCAUACCUUUUUCAACUAGAUCACCCUCUUUCUUUACAAGACAUUCUUGGACAAGACCAAACACUGUUCUCUCAGCCACCACAGAGUUUAAUCACAAACACAACCUCAACUAUUCAACUCAACCCAAUCAACAUUUCAGUUUCAACAGGGAUCAUAGUUCCUAAUGCAUCCAAAAACAUGGCUGUGGUGAACUCCAUUUUCAGCUCAGAGAACUGUUCAAGUUCUGGUUUGUCAUUGCCCGCGGGAUCCAAUGCUUUGUAUGCUCCAGAAACUGGUACUUUAUUUGGUGAUUCUAUCUUCCCUAAAACAACAGGGUACUCAUACACUCAGUUUGAAUCACCAACCUUCCCAGUGCAGCCUUUUGCCUGUGCUCGCACUUGUUUUGGUACAGGUGCAAGUGCAAGUGCAAGUGGUUUUGUUGGAAACUAUGAAACUCAACUUCAAUCACCAAGUUUAGUGCAUCCUUAUGCUGGUCCAAGUGUUGGUACUGCUUCUGGUGCCAAUAAUCUCGAUGGAAACUCACGUACUCCAUUUCAAUCACCAUGUUUAGUCCAUCCUUAUGCUGGUCCUAGUGCUGGUCGUCCCAGUAAUCUUGAUGAAAACUUACUCACUCAAUUUCAAUCACCAAGCUUAGUUCAUGCUUAUGCUGGUCCUAGUGUUGGAAGUGGUGUUGGUGUCAAUAAUCUUGAUGCAAACUCACUCACUCAGUUUCAAUCACCAGGCUUAGUCCAUCCUUAUGCUGGUAGUGGCGUUGGUGCAAAAAAUCUUGAUGGAAACUCAGUCACCCAACAUCAAUUACCAGGUUUAGUCCAUCCUUAUGCUGCUUCUAGUGCUGCUCCAAGUGUUGGUAGUGCUUCUGAUGCCAGUAAUCUUGAUGGAAACUCACUCACUCAAUUUCAAUCACCAAGUCAUGAACAAUUUUCAAGGGAGCAUCGAUUGGAGUCCAAUCCAGCUGCACCUUCUGCUCCUUCUGCAAUGGGAGCAAGACCUCAAUAUCAGACUCAGCUUCUUUCUCGCCAACCAUUUCUAAGGAAUUUCAAUGACUUCGAGCUCGCAUGGGAGAUGUAA